CCCCAGGAACCCCCGCCCCCGGCACCCCCACCCCCGGCCCCCUGCACCCCCAGCACCCCAGGAACCCCCCGCCCCCGGCCCCCUGCACCCCCGGCACCCUGCACCCCAGCACCCCAGGAACCCCCCGCCCCCGGCACCCCCACCCACGGCCCCCUGCACCCCCAGCACCCCAGGAACCCCCCGCCCCCGGCCCCCUGCACCCCCGGCACCCUGCACCCCCAGCACCCAGGAACCCCCCCGCCCCCGGCACCCCACCCCCGGCGCCCUGCACCCCCAGCACCCCAGGAACCCCCCGCCCCCGGCACCCCCACCCCUGGCCCCCUGCACCCCGGCCCCCCGGCACCCCCCACCCCCGGCCCCAGGAACCCCCGGCACCCCCACCCCCGGCCCCCUGCACCCCCAGCACCCCAGGAGCCCCCCACCCCCGGCCCCCUGCACCCCCGGCACCCAGGAACCCCCCACCCCCGGCCCCCUGCACCCCCAGCACCCCAGGAGCCCCCCACCCCCGGCCCCCAGGAACCCCCGGCCCCCCAUCCCCGGCCCCCUGCACCCCCGGCCCCCGGCACCCCCGGCCCCAGGAACCCCAGGAACCCCCCACCCCCGGCCCCCAGAACCCCCAGCACCGACCCCAUGCUCCCCCACUGCCCCCCCAGGCCCCCAUAG